AUGAAUGUGUCAGUACUUGAUUUGGGCCAUGAUAUUUUAGUAAAUCAUAUCUCCACUUAUUUAUCACCAGAGGAUAUUUUCAAAUUUUUUAGUCUUUCAAAAUCAUUGUAUGAUAUAUUCCUGAACUCGUCCAUUAUUUUUCAAAUUUUGUACAACAAGAAAUUCACCAAUAAUGAAAACAAUUACACAUUAACACUCCAGGAGAAACUCAAUUGGAAACAAUUAUUUUAUUUACGUUGUAAUCGAGAUCAAAAAUUUUACACUUGGGGUGCUCCAGAUAAUGGUCGAUUAGGACACAAAUCAACAGAAGUUCCUAGGGAGAAUAAGUCAAACACCUUUGGAUGGACAGUUCAUUAUCCGACUAAUGUUUCGUCUUUCAAUGAUCACAUUAUAGUGGAUAUUGCUGCUGGUGGGUUUUCAUUUUUUGUAUUAACCAAUGAAGGCGAAUUAUGGUUCACUGGAUUGGAUUGGAAAAAAAGUCAAGGAGUAGCAACCCCGGGUCCCAUUACAACAAAAGAUUUUAGACCAAACCCUGGUACAAUGGCACUUUAUACCAUGGAACGCAAUACCAAUCAGACAGUUGGAUCUAGAAGAAAUCUCAGAACUGGAGUAUUGCCGAUUCCAUUAAUGGCUGGUAGAUACGAAGAUGAUGAUGACGAUGAUAAUGAUAAUGAACAAGAGAAUGGUAUUGCUGCUGUUCCAGCUAUAACUACCCCACCAGCAGCACCUACUAGCACUGAAAUCCCACAGGCAAGACGUAGAAUUGAACCAGUGACUCAGACAGAAGAGAGCAACAACCCCAUGUCACAUCGUCCUUCCAAAAUCAAGGAAACCGCCAUGAUUUCUCGAUUAUUCUUGCCUCCAUUAGAAAAUGAACCACUGGAUUCAAUAAUUUUAUCCAUAAGUGCUGGAAGAGAGCAUAUUAUUGCAUUAGAUAACAAUAACCAUAUUUACACUUGGGAUGCUGGAACUCGCUCGAAUGUUGGUAUAUUGCUUGAUUUUCCAGGGAUACCACCCGAAGCCCCAGUGAUUAAGAUUGUUGCUGGUUGGAACUUGUCUACUGCAUUGAUUGAAGGAGUCGGGUUGGUUGUGUGGUAUACUAGAGUUGGUAUCACAAGAGAACAAUUUCAAGCCAAGGAUUUCCGCUCAGAAGCCAAAUAUUUCAUUGUUCCUUUCAGCAAAGGGGAUAUAGCUGAUUUUUCUGCAGGAUCAGAUUAUGUUAUGUUUAUCAGAAAGUCUGACGAGAAAUUAUAUCAGAUUAGAUUCAAUGCUCAUGAUUUUGCCACCAGGGAUACACCUAUUGAACCUGAUGAAUUGCGACAAAGAAUCAGCUCAAUGGACAAUUUCAACAACUGGAGGGCAGAACAAGAUGUCGUUGUCAAAUUCACCAAAGUUAAAGGAUGUUUUAACAAUUUUGUCGUGUUCACCAACCAUGAUCAAGUAUUACUUGGAAAUUUGAAACAUUCCUUGUAUCCUGAGGAUGGGAAUGAAGAAGGUGCACAUCCGAUAAUCAUGCCUGAAUUACAAGGACAAAACAUCAAAACCAUUGAGAUUGGUGAUUAUCAUUAUUUGGCACUCACUGCUGAUGGGUCACUUUUAUCUUGGGGAUUAGAACCUAGAGGCUGUGGAUGUUUUGGGUUAGGUUAUAAAUUGACGGUACGUGAUGAACAUCCAGACGACAUCAAGUUUGAACGUACUGAUUUGAUUGUGUUACGACCACUUAAAUUGACAAAACCACCGAUCAAAGGUAAAUGGGUAUCAAUUGCUGCUGGUGGUUGGCAGUCCUGUGGUAUCUAUGUACCGUUAGAAGAUGAUGCUUGA